CGAAUCCCCGAAUAGAUGGGUUUUCUUUUUAGGUGGAUCGCUCAAGACUCUCCACCUCAUUCACCUGAAUACAAGUCCACAACCAUGGAAGCUCUGAGUCUGCUGAGGAAAGUAGCCAUUGUCACAGGCAGUAGUUCUGGAAUUGGCGCCGCAGCAGCCAAGUUGAUGGCAAGACGUGGGGCCCAGAUCACUCUUCAUGGACGGAACCAGGAUAGAUUGGAGGCGGUCAAGGCAGACAUUAUAAACUCUGGCAUCGCGUCCAACAAUGCAACAUCGUGAAUAUCUCCUCCAUUCUGGGCACUGUAGCUAUCCCUGGAAUGUAUGGCUACAGUUGUGCAAAGGCUGGUCUGGACAUGUUCACGGUGUAUGCAGCAACAGAGUUUGGCAAGGAUAAAAUUCGGGUGAACUCUGUAAGCCCUGGCCCCAUUAAUACGCCGCUCCAUAGGCGAGCACGACCGGAAAACCCAGAGAGUGCAGACGAGUUCCUUGCGGCUGCAGCUGCAGCUGCGCCCCUAGGCUCUGUCGGAAUUUCUGAAGACGUCGCUGAGAUAAUCGCGUUCUACGCAUCAGACGCUGCAAAACACAUCACCGGGGAUAAUAACAUUAUAGAUGGUGGACUCAGUCUGCCCAUCGUCUUCAGAUAGAUCUUCAAUCUCUAACUGAACAAUGCAUGAUUCAUUAAAAAAAGUGUUGUUGUUGUUGCUAUGACAUCAAGGGGCUGACAAUGCACCGUCUCUUUGUAUCAUAUUUGUCUUAUACCUGUUGCAUUCUGCCUGAUGGGUAGUAUUAAUCACAUUAUUAUGUGACCCAAUAUGAAAUGUGAACAGUUUUAUACCUUCAACAUAAUCUCCUAGUCUGUAGUAGAGCUACAAUGCAGUGGAUAUAUUGUUUAUUCUGUUGGUAUCAAUCUGGAAUAUGGCAUGGACAGCCCCAGUUCAGUGCUCCAAUGUGGCGUUUUUGGACUUUGGUUGUUAAGUGAAUUUUAAAGGCUCCACACAUACUUGCCUUGGCUUGGUUUUGGUGGAAAUGGGCGUUAAGUGUGGAGAUCCAGCGUCUUGAUUAGCUGUGCUGUGUUGAAAGAGGCGCUACAUCCAUAUUAUUACCUAUAUUUACCAAAGAACACCGUUACAUCAUCUUUGAAUGUCUUCGACAAUUGUGUUGAGCUGAAACAUUAAAAGUGUGCGUUUACACAGAAUUGAUGGCA